GCAGCAGAAGCUAGGCUAACAAGCUAACGGACGAACAAGCCGGUUAGCGGACAAGUGAAUCACCAGCGGCCGCUAAAUAUUUAAAAUGAUCUUUCCCGUUACAAAUUAAACGUCGACGUCCGGUGACUGAGUCACAGCUCGCGGUCACCGCUUCACCGUUUGUCGGCGUUUGCUCGCUUGCAUGGCAGCGGCGGUGUCCGGCUGACGAAGCUAGCUCUAGGUGUGGUGGUUAGCCCGCUAACCCGUCCCCACACCGACCCAUUAACCAAACAUCACCCGCUGAAAAUGCUCCUGUGCCCGGACAGCAGGAAUCCAGCUCAGCGGUGUCUGCAGCCGGGAUGGAUGUGAGUUAACGGCUGGACGGGGGCAGUCUGACCUGGGUCUGUGGCUCUCCGGACGGAGCCUGUGUAUCGAGCCGAGCGGUUCUCCCCAGCAGCGGUGAGGUCCUCCCAGGCCGAGGCAGGGCAGAGCUGCACGGCGCCGGUGAGGCCCGGGCUCUGGGAUGAAAUGCAGCGGAGCGGAGGGCCCGUUAACCCGUGUUAGCCAGAAUGGACGCGUGCAGCCGGAACCCAAACCGCACGGCGCCGGUCGCUGAGGACGGCCCACACAGAGUCGACGUCCCGCUCUGUUCCCGGACCAAUGGCUGGAGCUGGCCGCCUCACCCCUUCCAGCUGCUGGCCUGGUUGCUCUACGUCUACUUCGCCGUCACCAGCUUUGGCGUGUUUGUCCCGCUGCUGCCCGCACACUGGAUCCCCGCGGGCUACAUCUGUACGGGCAUCACGUUCGUCUGUCACCUGUGUGUCCAUGUGAUGGCCGUGUCCAUCGACCCGGCCGACUACAACGUCAGAACGAAGAGCGACAAAGGUCCGGUCCCCGUGUUCGACCGCUCCAAACACGCACAUGUCAUUGAGAACUGCCACUGCUACCUGUGCCAGGUCGAUGUGGGACCAAAGUCGAAGCACUGCAGUGCUUGUAACAAGUGUGUUGCCAACUUCGACCAUCACUGUCGGUGGCUCAACAACUGUGUGGGGAGCAGAAACUACACGUUGUUCCUUCACAGUGUGGUCUCAGCUCUUUUGGGUGUGUGUCUGGUUCUGGUCGUCGCCUCCUACGUCUUCAUCGAGUUCUUUCUGGACCCGUCCAAACUUCGCACUGACAAACACUUCCUGGUGAGGAAUGAGACGGGCGUGUGGUUCGUCUUCCUGCCGGUGGCUCCGGUCAGAUCAGCGGCAGCAGUGAUUCCGGGUCUGGCCGCUGUGACCAUCGCUCUGAGUCUGCUGUCAUCAGUGCUGCUCUGUCACCUGCUCUGCUUCCACAUCUACCUGAUGUGGAACAGACUCAGUACCUAUGAGUACAUCGUGCGGCAGCGUCACCGUCAGGACAACAGAGACUCGAGGAAACCAGGACCAGUGAAGGAGACAGCUGCUCCCUCAGUCAUCAAGGAUGUGAACUACUCAGGGACUCUGGGUUACACCAACCCUCAGCUGGAUGUGGAGGAACCUCCCACUGUGUCUGUGCGGGGGGAGGCAGAGUUCCUGGCUAACGGCAGAGUGAGGAGUUUGUCCAAUCCUGUCUUGGAGGAAGAAGCUCCGCCCAGCGUCUCUACAGAGCUGAAAGCGGCAGCACACACACACCGACGCACACAGAAAAAGAAGAAGAAAGUCCGUAAAGUUCCCGCAGAAGUCGCCAGAGAGCGCUGCCCAGGUACAGCCCCGCCUCCAGCAGAGCCCGGCAGUGCGUCCUCCGUUUCCUUGGGUCAGCGACUUCCUUUUCCGGCGUUCCCUCUGAGGGCCUCCCUGCCCCCCCUGGCCCUCCCCUCAGGCCCUGUCCAGGCCGCCGCUCCUCCCGCUGAGUACCACUCGGACUCUGCGGAAUCUCUGGAGGAGAUCCCGGUGGCGUUGGCCAAACUAGGCUCUUCGUCCUCUGCCGCUGCUGCUGGAGACGCCGCCGUGUCUUCACACAGAGCCGUCCCAGCGUUCCCCCUGCCCUCCCCCCAGCCCAGGACUAAGAGGAAGGUCUACUCCUCCCGAGCAAAUAAGAGCGCAGCGGAGCUGGGCUUUGAGAUGGCCUCCACCCAGCCGCCCACGGUGUUCGUCAGCCGGGCCAGCGGAGAGGCUGCCGAGUCCCCAGGGGAAGGCCUCGGUCUGGGCAGGAGGCAGAACGGCUCCAGGCCCGGCUCCAGAACUGGGUCCAGGCCCGGCUCCAGACCGGCGUCUCGGGCGUCGCUGGGCUCAGGUGCAGCCUCCUGGAUGGAGCGAUGACCUGAGCAGACGGAGACG